UUCACAAAAAAAGAGAACCCCUUUCUUCGUGUGCAUUUGUUUGUGUGCCGGUGAGUACCCGGCUGUGUAACUUGAUAGGGGGCUCUGAGAGGGAAUACGGGAAUGUGGGGCUGCAAUGGAGCAGAAUGCAAUACAGGUUCUCCCUCCUGCCUGCGUGGUUCCUUUGCCUUUUAUAAGUCCGUGAGCUGUGGUGCUGGGGCACCUGCACGGGUCUGGAGACUGGGGGAGUUCUACUAUGUCCGCUGUGGCCCCCAGGAACCUGUGUGCAUCGCUGAGGUAACAUUACUCUGGGAGGACCAGGUCCAGCGCCAUCUGCUGGCCAGCUCCCGACUCUACUUUCUUCCUGAGGAUACUCCCAAGGGCAGGACCAGAGAGCACGGCGAGGAUGAGGUGUUGGCCGUGUCUAAGAAGAUCGUUGUGAGGGUGGAGGAUCUGGUGAGGUGGACCUGUCAUGAACCGCCUGGGUGGAAAGGAGGCAGCCAGAGGUCCAGCCAGACCAACGGUCAUCACAGCCCCACCCUGGUCCUCGCCGGCGGAGUCCCGACACCACCCACUGAGAAGGCUGAGCGUCUACACCUAGGGGUCAAGGUGCUCAGUUACCCCCAGUACUGCCGCUUCCGCUCCCUGCAGAGGCGCAUCCAGGACCGAGUGGUUUUGGGUCUUCAGGACCCCCAUCUGCUGGCCCUAGGGGGGAUCAAGGUGGCCCAACACAACACUCGGGUGUUCUACUGCCGGGACACCUUCAAUCACCCCACCCUGGACAGCAACGCCAGUGUCUGGACCCAGCUGGAAUGCACCUCUCUCAGCUUGAAGGGGCGACCCCGCAAGAGAAGAGGCAGACCCGAGAGCCAGAAAGCUGUGGAGACGCCUGCUCUCAACCAAUCGGUGUCGUGGAUUGAAAGAAUGAAGGAGAAUGUGAUGGGCAGUGCUGAGAUGCCCUGUGAGGGGGGGUGGCUCCCCCACCCUGAGGAGCAGCUGUUCUUGGAUCAGCUCUACUACUACAUGGAGUCCCGAGGCUCCCCCAUCGGCAAGGUGCCCAACCUUGGCUUCAAGAAGAUUGACCUGUUCGUCAUGUACUCCGUGGUCAAACGCCUGGGGGGCUACGACCGGGUGACGUCCCAGCGCCUGUGGAAGAAGGUGUAUAAUGAACUGGGAGGCUGUCCAGGUAGCACCAGUGCAGCCACGUGCACCAGGAGGCACUAUGAGAGGCUGAUGCUACCUUAUGAGGAGCACAUAAACGGAGGUGCGGAACUCAAAUUCCCAGCAUCCUCUGGGCCUACGCAAAGUAGGGGGGUGAGCGGGAGGAGGGCACUGGUCAAGGGGCGAGGACCAGAACCCAACCAGAAGAAGAAGAUGACCGUAACCCCUUCCCCUCCUCCGGCCGCUUCUCCGGAUGGCGUGGUGGUCGUGAAGAGAGGCCGUGGCAGACCUCCAGGCAAAAAGAACCAGGCCAAACUCCUAGCCUGCAAGGCCAGCCCCACAGCCCCGUCACCCCCAGGCAAACCCAGCGCUGACCUGGGAAACCAGGCGCAGCAGGAUCCUUCUCUCCAGUCCCUGUCAGUAUUCCAGGGGUUCAACCUGGCCAACCUCCCACUGACCCCAGACCUGUCCCCCAUGUCUGCCCCCUUCCUCCCCCUGCUGCCCAGAACGGAGAGGGAGCUUAAGGUGGAGAAGGACAACACACCGGCACCAUCACCCACUCUGUCUCACCCCCGGCUCCACACCGGGGGCUCCCUGGGAGCUUUCAGCCCCACUAAAGGCCUUUGUCCCCUGGGUCUCUUUAGAAGCCAAAUGGGCCUCGCCGUUCAGGACCGACCUGGUCUAACCCCCCAGGACCCUGCGUCCCAGCAGCCCUCCAGCCUUCAGGUCAAGGCGGAGGGCCUCGACACCAACCUUCCCAACGGCGACCAACCGAACCAGUCCCACCACCAGUGCCUAGGCUGCAGUCUCGAUGAGGCUGCCCAGCGGGGAGACAGCCGCCCCCCCAUGCCCCCUCUUCGGGUCCUCCCCCUGGAUCUGGACUGUAGCCUGCACGUGCGCCAGCUGAUGCGGACCCGUUUGGGCUCAGCGGAUCUCCUCUCAUUCACCAAGCGGCUGUCGCAGGUGUUGGCCCAGGACCUUACUAGCAAACCCUGUCUACCGGUUACCCCGCCCCCCGAGCAGGCCCUGCCCCUUAACCUCAGCAAGCGUUCCACCACCAAACGGUCGUCCCUGGAUACGGAGUCCAGGAUGUCUGUGGAGGAUCAAGACAGUGGGGACGCCACGCUCUCCUCCGCCAAAAGGCCCAGAGUGGAGUUGUGUGAUGAGGCUGAGGACCUGAGUUCUCCUAGCAGGGCCCGGGCUUUCCUCCUUGAGCUGCCCCAGUGCACCAGCAGCAAGGAGGAAGAGGAGGAAGUGAGGAAGAGCUGCUUGUUGGAGACAGAGCCUAAGAAAGACUGUCCUGUGAGGACAAAGCAGGAAAGGUCGGACAAGGUGGAGAGGGGAUCUGAAACCAUGCUGGAGGAGGGUAUCUCUGAGAGGGAGAGUAAAACCAUGCUGGAGGAGGGUAUCUCUGAGAGGGAGAGUAAAACCAUGCUGGAGGAGGGUAUCUCUGAGAGGGAGAGUAAAACCAUGCUGGAGGAGGGUAUCUCUGAGAGGGAGAGUAAAACCAUGCUGGAGGAGGGUAUCUCCGAGAGGGAGAGUAAAACCAUGCUGGAGGAGGGUAUCUCCGAGAGGGAGAGUAAAACCAUGCUGGAGGAGGGUAUCUCCGAGAGGGAGAGUAAAACCAAGCUGGAGGAGGGUAUCUCCGAGAGGGAGAGUAAAACCAAGCUGGAGGAGGGUAUCUCCGAGAGGGAGAGUAAAACCAAGCUGGAGGAGGGUAUCUCCGAGAGGGAGAGUAAAACCAAGCUGGAGGAGGGUAUCUCCGAGAGUAAAACAAAUAUGGAGUACAGUGUCUCAGAGGGGGAGAAUCAAAGAAAGAUUGAGGAAGGUAUCUCGGAGGGGGAGGUUGAAACCAAGAAUGAAGACAAUAUAUCUCGGAAGGUAGAGGAGACCGAGGACUCCAUAGCACGCCCUUUCAGUAUCUCUGUUGGCCAGCAUCUGCCAAAGAAAAAUGAGGAAACGGAUUGUGAUGUUGACGCCUCUCUGAAAGGGCCACCCUGUCCGGGCCCCGGACCAGUUCAACUCCCAGAACACCCGCGCACAACAGACAUACUGACCAACACCACCAAUCACUCCACAACACUACCUUAUAGGAGGACUCUCCAACAUGCAAUCAAAGAUUAAUCCUGUGAACUUCAAUCUCUCAUACCUACACAUUUGAAAACACUGCCAAUGUCUUUAGGGGAGGCCAUUACAUUUUAAUACUCUGUAUGAUACUAUGCAUCAUACAACUCUUUUGUGCUUUCUUCCCCCCUCAAUUAUGUACCUAAUAUUAAAGCUUAGAUUGUAAUUUAAAUUAAAUGUCUACAUCUGUAGAAAAUGCUGUUUCUUUCCUACACCGAUUACACAAAAAUUAAGAGUUGCAGAGGUUUUUACAACAAUCCAAGCAUUUACUCAAAAGGAUUGAAUGAAAGAUGUGCCUUGGAACCUUUUAACUCUGGUUUCUCGCCAAGAGCAUCCGUCAGAGGGUGUAUUCAAUUUCAAACAGGACAAAAUGGAACCUACCUGAAGAUGUCCAAUUUAAAAAAUCUAAUUUCCAUUGCCUACCGUUCUGCUACGCUGCGUUCUAAUGAAUGCACCCCGGGUUAACCUGGUUUUUCCCUGAAGUGUCCUUCAGUCCUGCAUGUAGGCUACUCCUGUUCGUCAAUGGCCAACACUGACAGGAUUUGCACACCUACUGUACUGGUUCCGGCUCCUUUUUUGUGUGGGCACUAUUUACCGUAUUUAUAUUUCCUCAACGUGUCUAGAUUAGAGAAACAAAUAUACGAGUCACAGGUUGUUGUAUAUUUUUUUUUGUCCUUUGUGCCUUGAUCAGAGUUCUGUAACCCCAAUGAUCCUGUCAGAUCUCUUUUUAAUGCAAUUUUUUAAAAAUCUUGUAUCGACCUGGGGUGAGCUCUGGGGUGGAUAGCCACAGGGAUUCUGAUAACUACAGCACCAAAGGUCUUUCGUACUGUAGGUCCACUGUGUCCAAACAGCGGACAAGUAAUACAAGCUGUGCUUUAUACCGUAUUUUUCCUAAUAUCCCUUUUUUCAAACGUAGAAUAUUUUUCAUGUUCUUAUUUUUAUCACGUUCAACAGUUAGCUGGUUAUGAUUCCACCUGUUUUUCUAUUGAGGUUCAUCCUCAUUGCAGCCUAAUGCAUUUUGUUAUUUUUAACAUCAUAAUGCCAUGGAGGUGAGUGCAAAAUGUUCUAGCUGUGACUAUACCCACUUUUGGUAUGAUAGGUUCCUUAUGAGUUGAAUAGCGUUUAGGUAUUUUGUUUUUGGUAAAUAUUGUUUCUCGCUUUUUGAUGCCCUUUAUCGUUUCGCAUUCAGAUCAAAUGUUUACAUGUUUACACUUGUUUGCUCAUGCAUGUAGAGCAGAACAAAUAAUAUUAAGUUUAUUUUGCAGACUGUCAGACUGGUACUGUGUUUCUCCACAGUAUACCUAGCUUCUUUAUGACAAAUAUCUGCAAUGGAGUCAACUCCUAAAUAUCCAAACCCAGUUUUACAAAUUGCGGUUGGUUGGGGGUGGGAGACCUCAAAUAACGAUUCUAUAAAUAUUUUGCAUGAUUCUGGAAAUGGGGGGGAUAUGAAUGCAAAUGUUGGUUUGCGUCUUUUAAAUCCCAAUGUGACAGAUGUCCCUUGCUGAAAUGACAAGACAAGUAUAUUAUGAUAAUUUUUCCGACAUCUGAAUUUCUUAUGCAUGAGUUGAGUGUUUUGGACAGCACUAUCUGAUGGUGCCAAUCUUCAAUGUUGUAAUGAUGGAGAUCGGCCACACGGUGGCGCCAAGAGUGUUGAUUGGGGUCUCCUGAAGAUCGUUUCCUUUCAUGUAUUCACAAACAGACGCAUUAUCAGGUGUUUUAAUGAAAGUCAUUAAAUGUCAUAUUACAUUUGUAACUUUGGGCUUUAACUGGUUAAUUUCAUGUAGUUAUUUCUACAUCUUAAACCUGUGUUGGUUGCCCUCGUCUUGUUCAUGAAAGAAAUGUCUGGUAUUUUUAUUUGUUUGAGAGUAUGGCCAGUGCCUUACACUUUGAAUUCUGUACUCUAUUACCAUGGAUCAAUAUGGUAAUUUUAACCAUUUGUUUUAAACACUGUAUAUUUAUAUUAAAGAUGUAUCUGCUUAAA